AUGCUGCCUCCAUCACAUGAAGCAACACAAGGUGUCACUUUGCUAAACAAGAGGCACAAGCACGUGGAGGGCAAAGACCAGGAGAAUGUCCAGAUUGACCCCAGCAAUGGAUUUGCUUACACAGUUUGGCAGGAUGUGCCUGUUCCAUUCUACAUGUCCAUCUAUUUCUUUCACAUCGUGAAUCCCGAGGGAAUUCUCCAUGGAGAGAAACCUGUUGUUGCACAACGUGGACCAUAUGUUUAUAGAGAAUACAGACCAAAAGGCAACAUAACCUUUCAUGAGAAUUACACCGUUUCGUAUCGGACAUAUCGCCAAUUUCAUUUUGUUCCUGAGAGGUCGGUUGGCAAUGAGAGUGACCAGCUUGUCCUGCCAAACAUGCUCGGUCUGGGAGCAGCAAUCUUGGCCGAGAAAUUCCCUCCGUUAAUGAAGGUCAUAUUCAACAUGGCCAUGAGGAAAUUUAAUCAGACUGCUUUCUUCAAAAAGACAGUAAAUGAGAUAAUGUGGGGCUAUGAUGACGAGUUUAUUAACUUCCUUCACAAACUCUUCCAGAACCGUCUGCCGUUUAAGGACAAGUUUGGUUUAUUUGCAGAUUUGAACAACACAGAUACUGGAUUAUUCACAAUUAAUACAGGAGUUGAUGACAUUAAUAAAGCCCAUAAAAUUAGCACCUGGAAUGGUCUUAAAAAGGUAAACUUCUGGCAUUCUGACCAGUGCAACAUGUUGAAUGGAACAGCAGGUGAACUGUGGCCUCCAUUCAUGGAUCCAUCUGACUCAUUGAAGUUUUUUAGCCCUGAUGCUUGUAGGUCAUUAGAGUUAGUUUACCAACAAUCAGGCAGGACCUUUGGGUUACCUUCUUUCCGAUACAUUGCUCCGAAGACAAUGUUUGCGAAUGGGACAGUGUAUCCCCCCAACGAAGGCUUCUGUCCCUGCAGGCAGUCCGGAGUGCUGAAUGUCAGCACGUGCAGAGACUAUGCUCAAAUCUUCAUCUCGCACCCGCACUUCUACAACGCUGACCCAGUCCUGUGGGAGGCUGUCUCUGGAUUACAUCCCAAUGAGAAGGAUCAUGCACUUUUCAUUGACCUCCAUCCUGUAUCUGGAAUCCCAUUGAAUGUCUCAAUUAAAUUACAGUUAAACCUGUUCCUUAAGUCUGCAAAAGGAAUAAGAAUUACUGGGAAAAUGCAGACUAUGCUGCUUCCUUUAAUUUGGUUUGAUGAGAGUGGGAAUAUCGAUGGUCCAAUUCUGGACAAUUUCUACAUUUUCAUGGAGGUAAUCCCGAUGGCUCUGCAAUAUAUCCAGUACAUCCUCCUGGGACUCGGGAUAGCAUUGAUGGUUAUUGCUGCAAUUCUGGGAAUUAUUUUUUUACGCCAGAACAGACACAAAAGCUCAGGCACUGAAAACAUUGACGAUAAAUCAGCUGAUUCAGAAAACAAACAAGGGCCGGAAUGUUUUAAUGGGAAGCUGAUGAGAACAGAAUCCCGUUUCUAGGUCUGUGAAGGAAAAGAAGAAUAUUCCAGAAGAAUGCCUCCCUAUUUUUUGCUAUUCGUGGAUUGGUGACUGAACAGACUGAGCUUGGAACCUGAACUGAUCUUUUUCACAAGAUUAUGUUUUUCUGUAAUUUUUGCCAAGAUAUUAAAAAAAACACACAUUUCUGAAUAAGGUUUUAGGAACAAAAAUUAAGGAAAAAAAU